AUGGAUUGUGGGAAGUCGAUGAAGGUCGACAAUAAGCUUAUCACGGCUUUGAUUGAGUGUUGGAGGCCGGAAACGCACACUUUCCAUCUACCGAUUGGAGAGGUGACGGUGACUUUAGAAGAUAUGCAAGCCAUUUGGGGCUUGAGAGCGGACGGUCACGUUUUCACAGGUCGUGACUAUCAUGUCGGAUAUCCCGAUUGGCCUAGCAAGUGCCAAGCUUUGCUGGGAUGGUUACCAGAUACAGGGGCACGUAUCCAUGCCCUAAUCUUGUUAGGAGGACUCAUUCUACCAGACACCACGGGGUGUAAGGUUCCUUAUAUGUGGCUGAAUGCAUUGGUGGAUCCGGACGAAGUGCAGAAUAUUAGUUGGGGUAGUGCGGCUUUGUCGUACCUGUAUCAUUAUCUGUGUGGGGCUUCCAUAGAUCAGAGGAAAGAGUUGGGUGGGCCUAUGGUGCUUCUGCAGCUAUGGGCGUGGAAAAGAAUGCCCACAUUGAGGUCGUUGUUCAUAGGAGCGCUCGUACACGAGCCAUAUACGCCAUGUGGCGCCAGGUGGAAAGGAACUACGCAUAUAGGAAAUGCUCCUAGAUUUUCGUUUGAGCAUUACCGUGAUCAAAUAUCUUUGAUUAAACCUGGGCAGUUUUUGUGGACGCCAUAUGCAAAUUGCAUGCUGACUGACUACUGUAGGGAUGUGACUGGAUGCUCCCAUUGUGACACUUAUUUGAUAUGUUGGGCAUAUGUCGAGGCGCAUGAGGCUGGACGAGUGCGCAGACAAUUUAAUCAGUACCAGGAGAUUUCUCAAUCCGUAGAUAGGAUGCUCAAAGAAGCUGAUCAUUUGAAAAAAAAUAAUCGGCGUGGUAAGAAAGGAACUAAUUGGGAAGAAAUGCGUCAGUUCUUUAUUGGGAAAUGA